AGAAAAGUGCUUGUUCGUCGUUGGCCGAACCACCACUGGACAGGAUGGGAGUGCAUUGGUCUCAAGCACUUGGUGCAGGCGUCGCCCGGACAACCUCUGAUGAGGAGGCGACCAUUCUGGAGGAAAGCUCAGAGGCGACAGAGGUGUACGAUGCGGAAAUGUGGCAGCCAGAUGGUGAAGACAGCGAUUCGCCCGUGUACGUACCCGCCGAGUACACCGGUUGGCGGAGCCCUGUCUACCAGCAAAUCCCAAGCUGCUUGGAUGGACCACCGACAUCCCCGCCUGGACAGCCGACGGACGCCUUUAACUUGAUGGCGUCUCCACGCAGAACGCAAGGGAUAUUCCUUGAGCCAACUACCGUCCUUGACGACGGAAGCAAUGAGGAUGUACAGGUUCUUUACGAGACCGAACCCAAGUGCCUAAACGAAAAUUGUGACUUAUCUCGCGCGGAGAAGGAGGCAUCAAGCAUUUUCGCCUGUGCGGCUGAUGCCGUCAAGGCCGCUGGCGUUAUCAUACAAAACGCUAUAGAGCAGGACUCAGUAAUGAGGCGUGAGAGGCACAAGCUCCAGAUGGAUGUUCUGCUGCUGAAAAAGGCUAAACUCAAGUUAGCCUUAGACAGGAAAACAAGAACAUAAAGUUCGGAGAGCCGUGGCUACAAACAAAACUUGGUGCCUAAAUUAGGAUCGAGGAAGCAAGCGCCCAACACAAGCGCUUUCACAGAACCGACUAUUUUUUUACAUAUAUGUGCAGAUGCAUGCAAAAACUGAGUAGAACUAGCGCAAAGAUUCGUCUUUAAUAAAUCUGAUGCAAUUAUCCCAAAAUGCCACCUUUAUUUAGAAGAGCGUCAUGAGAGUUGUGACAGAUUGUGCUUUCUUAGACCGUCAUUCAAUCAGGCUCUCGUACUAGAAGAAAACGAUCAAAACAAUCAAAACGACCCGCCCCAUCCACCCAAUAGGGUGCAGAAUACAACCCUCGAAGAAGGGCAGCCUAAAUAUUCUGUAUAUUUUAUUCUAUGAUAUAGUAUGCUAAACAUCUGGCUUGUUAAUGGCUUGUGUAGGAAACAAUGAAUUUUGUGUGAAAUUUCUACAGAAAAUUCUUACAGCCAAAAUGUUACUCAAAUAAGUGAUUUCGCAAAUUCCCUUCGCUGCUAAGCCUGAAGAAGACCUGACAAAGUCGACAAUAUAUUUCUCCGUCGAUACGCUCUUUGCACGAGCCCAUGUGCAACUUCAGUUUUCGAGAAACUUGUCUACCUGUACCAAUAAAAAUACAAAGCAGAAUCGAAGGUCUACACACGCACACGCUGCAGGCCUGCGAGAAGGCCUUCAAUUGCCUCGUUAGCAAUCAAAAUGAUGGCAUUCAAAACGGUUGUACACGCAAUAUGCAUGGUGUGCAUUUAUGGUGCUGGCAGUUUGUUUUAUUAUCAUGGUUUGUCAUGUUAUCAUGUUGUAUUUUCAUGGUUUGUAAUGUCAUGUUAUCAUGGCGCC